UGUAAGGAGCUGAUAAUACCGGUUGCAGCAUUUCCCUUUUUUUUGUCUUAUGCCGUUUUAGUUGUUGUAGAACUCGAUUAUUAAUCAUUAUAGACAUGCCUGAAGAAGAAUCAACUGGAACUGACCUCGAAAAAUUGUUAGAUAAUUUGGAUGACUACACAUUGAGUGUACAUAAUUAUCAAUCUAUACAAAAUGCCUUGGAUGCGGAAAAAAACAUUCAAAUAUCCGUUUUUGAAAAAUUGCUUUCAAUAUGUUCUCGCGACUUAAAAGAGGAUAUAAAAAACUCGGUCAUUAUAUUAAAUAUUUUAGGUACAAUAUUAAAGAAAAUCAAGACCAUUCGAAUAACACCGAUACCUGAUCUUGUGCCUUCAGCAUUAUCAGUGCUACACAUUUUAAACACAACUGCUCUCUUCAACAAGGUCGAAGCCUUAAAAACUUUAUGUUUUGAAAUAAUCUUGUCUUAUCCCGAUGAAACACUCGUAGAUAUAUCAGUAAAUCACUCUACAGAACUAAUGGAACUAUUAAAUCUAUAUUCUCAUCAGCGAAUACCUCUGGAUAUCAGAUUACAGCCUAUUAAUAUCAUCAUCAAAUUGCUCAAGAUUUUACCUCCAGACAAGAAGACGACAUUUGUGAAAGAAGGAGUUAAUUGUUGGUUCUCUAAAAUAGUUCCAACUAUUACUGUUACUUCUGCUUUACCAAUUGUAAUAGAGGCUUUAGAAUUGUUGACGGAUGAGCUAAUACACAUUGAUUAUACGGAUAAUCCACACUGGAAAGCUGUUUUUGAAAAUAUUUAUACACCACAAAAAUAUCCAGCUCUAAUGAAAAAUCUCCUAGAAACAGGCAAUAUCAAUUGGCAUAGACUUUGGAUUAUAUUUAUAAAACUAUUAAAGAAUCAAAUAACAAAAAGCAAUAGUUCUGUUGGAAGUCCGAUUAAUUCUAUGCUACCAGUUGUAGAAAUGGCCUUUAAAAUGGAUGUCACAAACAGAUGUAAAGCUUUUUCAUGCUGGAAUGUUCUCAUAGAGAAUUUCUCAACAGAAACAAAUGAGGUCUAUAUAAAUAAAAGGAUAAAAUUGUUAAUAAUCCCAUUAACAUCUAACAAUGCAAAAGUUGAGGAUACAGCAAUUGCAAAAUUGAAAACAUGGUGGCGUUUAGUGACUUGUUUUUAUUCUAGAAUCGAUAAAUUCUCUGAUAUGAUUUUAAUGCCGUUUCUAUACUUUUGCUUCGGAAAAUCGACAGUACCAGACAAACCCAUAAUAAUACCAGGUUUAAUUUCUGAUGCCACGAAAGUUCAAGUUGUUCAAGCGUUUAUCAAUAUAAUGGGACAUGCUCAAUGUGAGGGUUGUGUAGCUCUGCCCAAAUUAAAAGGGAAAAUGAUAAAUACAAGAUUACUUGUGAGUCACUGGAAAGAUUGGAUUCAUGCCCUUAGUAAUGCUAUACAGAUAUGCACAGAGAGUAGUGAAUUUACUGACGAACAUAUAAAAUGUUUUUGGAGGUCAUUUCUUAUGACAGUGGGAGAACUACCCGAAAGUAAUAUUAGACGAGACCUCUUUAAUGAAGUUUUAAAUAUAUUGGAAAAACUAACGGAGGGUUGCAGCAAUAAACUUGCUGAAACCUUCGUGAAUAUUAUAAUCCCAAUUCUAUUUGACAAAGAUGACAAAAUAAAUACACUACUUAAGUCUAAAAAUGAACAGAAUGCACCAAUACAAAAAAUAAUUUCUGUUGUAAAUAAAUUACCACUAUCUAAUUUAGAGAACAGACAAAUUGUUGUCCAAAAUUUAAAAGGAAUAAGUGAUUUCUUGGUUGAGGAUGCUUUUAAAACAUCAAGUCACACAAUUGAAAAUGUAUUGAAAAUUUUACCGCAAAAUGGUUUGUUAAUGUGGGCAGCAUUGGCUGAUAAAAUAAAUGAAAAACUAUACACAUCUUGCCCUCGUAUGUUAUGUAAACUGAUUAUAUGGCCUUUCAAGAUUAUGGAUUCUUUUGUCCAAGAAGAACAAGCCACAGUGGUAUGGUUUAAAACAUAUAAAAACGUGUACUCAACAUUACACAUGACAACUAUAAAUAAAGAUAUUAUAAAUGUAUUUGAGGGAAAUAAAAAUAGUACAUACAUAAACAUAUUCGCUUUGAAUGUGGCAAUUACGCUUUUGUAUACAAAAAUAGAAAUAGGUGAUGGAUCAGACUAUCAUGAAGAGGCAGAAUUUUUGUUAAAAGCUAUCGGAAAAAUUAAAAAAAUUGAAGAUAUCAAUGCUCUAUUUGCCUCAUUGAUAGAAGUAACUGUUCAUAUGCUGAACGAUGUAUGCAAAGGUAUAAAACUUACAGCAACGAAAAAUGCUUUGUCAAUUAUUGCCUUCAUUAUAAAGUUAUGCACUCAAUUUGACAAAGAUUUAGAUAACGAGCCACAUGUUCUUAAACUUUUAGAAUCGCUCUUUAAAGCUUUAGAGACUACUUUGAAAAUGGAAACAUACUCAAAACUGAAAAAAAAUCUAUUAGAAGAGUUAAAAGAUUGUGUACCAGAUCUCAAAAAACAAUCAAAUUUGAAAAACCAUGUUCUUUCUUUCUACAAAUGUACAGGUGUUGAAAUGAUUGAAAGUUGUAUAAAAAAAUUUCUUGAUGAAUUUGAAAUUGAUGAUAAACCUAGCGUUAAUGAUACUAAUGUCGCGACAGAAAAUGAACCACUAAAAGAAUCCUUAAAUAAUGUAAAUUUUACUACACCAAGUGCCAAAACUGUUACUAAAAACAAAAAGAAAAAAGAAACUAAUAUUGUUACUACCGUUGUUGAAAAUGGAGAGGAGUUUGUUGUAGUCAAAUCAAAUUGGAAAUUCAAUCCAAGAAAGUUAACAGAUAAUCAAAAAGAAAAACUACAAAGAAAAAGAGAAGACAUACCAGCUUUAUAUCAAGAUUUGUCACAAUCCCAGGAUGAAUUCAAGCUAACAACUUGGAAAACUGACUCACAAGACACAACAACUACAAGUAAAUCAACUAGUGAACCAGGAAAUGAAGAUGUUUCUUCAAUUCUAAAAAAUAUGCCAAGUUCUGAUUUUGUACCAAAAAUAUUAGAAAAUAUUAUAGGAAAGGAAGCAGAAAAUGAUCAAACGACUAUUCCAGCUAAAGAAAAUACAAAUAUUGUUAAUAAUAAAGACGAAACAAAAAAAGUUGAAAUUAAUAAACAGAAAAUUACAGCAAAGGAAACAAAAUCUCCACGAUUGGCUUUAAAGGAUCGUGUCUUUCGAAAUGUUCGUAAUUUAAUUGAGAAGUCUAAUUUAGCAAAUGAUGGAAUUGAGCUUAAUACUAGUUUAGUAGAAAAUGUUGUAAAAACACCUUCUACGAAAGCAAAACCACCAGCUAAUGUUACAAAUUCUGCACCAUCAUUUAUUUCUGCUGACAGGCCAUCUCGCCUUAAAAGAAAACCCAAAAAGUUUGACGAUUUACAAUUGUUUGGCUUAAAAAAGAGACGUUAUUCCUCUGGUCAAAGUGAUCCUUCAACUGAUAGUGAAAUGAUAGAAAGUGACAGUCCACAAUCAAAUAUUUUAAGUGACUGUGCAAAGAAACCAGAAUUUUUAAAAGAAAUCGAAGAAAAAUCGGAAGAACCACAAGGGAACCAAGAAAUUGAAAAUAACACAAAAGAAGUGAUUGCUGCAGCUGUAGAAGCUAAUUCUAAGGAAAGUGUUGAUGAGGCAAAAAUAUCAGUAAAUACUGACUUUGAAGAUAAAAAUAAAGUAAAGGACGAUAUUUCUGAAAUUCAAACUACAGUAAUUGAAGAUAAAAGUAAAAAAGUAAACCAAAAUGAAGAGAUAAACGUGGACAAAGAACUCAUAUUGCCAAAUGAGAAUUGUUUGGAAACACCUAGUACUAAUGAUAAAGAAGAUAAAAGUACCGGCAAUAACAACAAAGCUGUUGAUAAGAGUAAAGUAACAGAAGUACAAAGAUCUACUAAAAAGUCUAGUACAAAGAAAUCACGAAUAGAAAAAGAACUUGCCAUCGAUAUGGUUGAGGGACAUCCAUUUUUAAAAGUGCAAUCUGAAAAGCGACUUACGAGAAAAGCAAUUUUAAAUUCACCAUGUACAAGAAAAAGUUUGUCGGAAAAAAAUAAUAAAAAUAAACCAGAUAAAAAAAGUCCGAAAUCAGAGAGAAAAUUAAAAGAAAAAUCAAUUUUUGUCAAAGAAUCUCAAAAUACUAAUAAUGCGGAUAUUCCUGAAUCACAAGAUGUCAUAGAAAGUUCCCAAGAGUCAACUCUAACUACUAUUUCAGUUAAAUCAACUAAAAACGUGGGAAAAAAGAUAUAUACGGAAUGUAAAAAUAAUAGUGACAUUGAAACGCAAAGCUUGUUAGGAGACAUUCCAAAUGAAAUAAAUACGUUUAAUUUAGAAAGUAAAGAUGAUACUGAAUUACCUCUUAAUAAAACCGUCAAUGACAAAGACUUAAUAGAUUUAACAAAAAAUAUGGACACGGAAACCAUAAAUCUUGAUGACGAUGUAAUUCUAAUAAAUUAUGAUGACGAUCAGUCUCUUAAAAUUAAUAAUGAACACACAAAAAAAGAUCAAAGUACAUUAAAUACAGCGGAGGCUGUCACUCAGUCAUUAGACCCAUCUAUAUUUACUGAUGAAAAAGGAAAUGAUAAAUCUGUUGAAACCACAACUGGUGGUACCUUAGAAUUAUUUAAAGGGGUCGAUCCUUUAAAUAAAAAUAAUAUGGAAGAUUCAGUUGACCAUGAUAUUACAAAUGCAAGUUUAUCUACAACACCUGCUGAUACAUCAAAAACAACGUCUGAGUCAAUAUCAGCUGCUGUUGAAAAUGAUUUAAGUUCGCCAUUAAAAGAUGUAGAACAAAGAAAAAAAGAUUUUCUUAAUAACACAUUAGAAAUAUCACCUAUUAAAACGAUGAGCCCAGUAAGAGAGAAAAAGUCACCCUCCCCUGAUACUAGUAGUGACUAUGUAGUAAUAAAGUUGUCAUCUCCAGUACAAAGUAAUGGCGAACCAUUUGAAAAGAUAGACUCCCCUGAAAUAUUUACAGAGGAUAAAAUAUCACCAGAUAAAAGGGAUCAAUCACCACCUAGAGAAGAAGUCAGUUUGACCAAUAAUACCAGUCCCAGUUCAAGUUUGUCUUUGAAGAAAAACAGACCGCAAGCUCGAUCAGGCCGAGCUGCACAAAUGUUAGGGCUAUGUGUCCCUGAAAGGCUACAAACAAUCAUGACGUCAGAUAAAUCAGAUGUUGAUGACAAUAAAAAGAGUCCAUCAGUGAAUACAUCUGCCAGGCGUAAUUUAAGGAUUCUUUACAAUAGUUCCACUGGAGAAUCACACGACAAUUCAGAUGAGCAAGAUGAGAGUGAGAAUUUCCUUAAAUUAAAGAGAAAUCUACCAUCGACAGAUUGUAGUCCAUCUGGUCCUAUAUUAAAACGGAAACUUGCUGAAAUUGCAGAUGAAACAACUGCAUCACCAGCAAGUAAAAGAAAACGGGUAAGCUUUCAUGAUCCACCAGUUUCAACAACUAUAUGUGUCAAAAAAUAUAUCGAACCUAGUGGCGUUCGUUCUCCGCAGAAUUCUGCGAUGAAACGACAAGAGAGACAGUUGCGGUCGCAACUAGUUACGAAAUCGCCAAAAAGACUUGAAAAUGUGUUCAAAUUAGAUUCAGUAUUAACUAAAACUGUCGAAAGUUUUACUGACAAUAAUACACCCGCAAACACUAAUGAAGAUUCUGAAAUGACUUCAUUAGAGCAAACGCCUGUUGCGAAAGUUAUUAAAACAGCAGAUUUAAAUGACACAGUUCCAAUCUGUCCAGAACUAGUCGAUUGUAAAGAUCCCAUUUCUAAUAUAGCUUGUGAGCUAUCAUCUCCAGCUAUGAAAGUAUUAUUGAUCAAGGAAUUGGACGGAAAAAUUGAUACUGUAGGUGACCUAGCCAAAUUGAGUGAACUCGAAAUUAAUAGGUUAUGUAUAAAGGCUCCGAAAGUGGAUGUUGCCAAAAAAGUAUUAAAUGACUAUUUGACUAAAAUUAACAAAGCUGAUACAGAAAUUACUGCAACUGUUGAAGCAGCAAUGAACGGAUCUGGAGUUACUGAAAGUAAACCAUCGGUUGAAGUGCAGACUACUCAAGUUGUUGUAGAAAAUAUUGAAAUGCAAACAGAUGAACUUGUACUAUCUUCUAAUAGUAUGCAAACUGAUUCAGUACAAACAACACAUUGUAGUGCACAGACUGACGAAUCGGGAAACAAAACGACGGCAGAGGCUGUAACACGUUUAUUAGAAAGAACAGAUUAUGUUGAAAAUUUAUGUGAACAAAUAGAUGAAAGUGCUAAGAAGAAGAUUCUUGACAAUUUGUCCUUCAAUGCUUUAAGUGAUAUGUUAAUGAACAAAUUAACAACAGACAAUUCCGAUUGUGUUCUUAACAAACUUAUAGAACAAAAGAGUAAAUUUGACACACCAAAUGAAAACAAUAUGGACAGAAGACUUACUGUUGUUCAAAAUUAUCUCAUUAAAAGUUUCGAAUGUAAGGACUUAAUACUAUUUUGUAGUGAGUUGUUAAAAAAAGUUUAUGAAAAACAGUAGAAUUUUGAGUGAAAUGAAUUUGGUUCAUUGUAUGACAAUUAAGGUUUAUUUCUAUCACGUUUUACGUUAGUAAUACCGAGGCUGGUCUGUGUUGAUUAUUUUAUUUUAAACAAGUAUUAAAAAUGUUUUAAUUAAUGCUUUACUGUUUGUUAUUGUUUAGGUCUUAAAAAUAAAACUUUUUGAACCUUCACUAUAAGGAUAGUGAUGAUAUGAAUUAAAAAAUAAAAUAGCCGGAAGUGUUAUAAAAACUAAUUUAUUUAAUAUAAAACAAUUCAAAUAUUUACAAUAUUCAGUCAUGAGCUGUGAUCGUUCAUGAUCACGGAUAUCAUAUGUCAUUCAUACAUAACAAUGGGUUGUAAUAACAACAAAUGCAAGGCAAUAUCGUUAUUGUAUGAAUAACUCUUUAUUUUUGUAAAAUAGAUUAAGGUAGGUAGAUAUUGCUCAUAGAAUAGAGUCAAAGUACCUAUAAACGUGAUUGGUACAUGGCAUCUGAAAUGUAUCACAUAUAAAAAAAAAUAUAUUUACAGCAACCGAUACGAUAAAGGUAACGUUAAAGCUUCGUAAAUAAUGAAAACUUAUAAUAUACUUUAAAUACACAAAUAUUUACACAUUUCUAAGGUACAUCUCACCCGCCCCAAAAUUAAUAAUUAUCACACUAGAAAUCUCUUAAAAGUAUAACGGCUUUAUUCUUAAACGUUUACGGAAUAAAUUUUAACGAAAAUAUGUUUUUUUUUCUCGUUUAAGACGAUUCCAAUAAACGAAAUCUAACAUUAACAUUAGUCACGUAUACAUUACAUACAUUUUCAUAAACUUUUAUAAAUAGUAGGAUUACAUUUUGCCAGAUUAGUAUUAAUGGUAGUGUAAGCAAGGUCGACUGAAAUAGUAUAAUUUACAUGAUAUACCUUUUAGGAACUUGUAAGUUUUAAUAAAUUAUUUAAUAAU